CUCAGAUAAAAACCCAAUAACUUUAUUGCAGCAAAUAGGUUCUGCAUGUCAUGAUUGUGUGCGUUUUCCUUCGAUUUAGGGCUUAUUUGGUGGGUUUUUGUGAAAGAAAUUCGGGAGAAGACAAAAAAGGGAAGAGAGAAGGAGAUGGCUUUGAUCUUGCAGUUGUUGUUGUUGAGCAACAGAGACAGAAAGAUGAUCGAAUCUGGAGUACAGUAGAUCGGUGAUGGAGCAAAGGAGAAGUCCGAGGUACAAAGACCUUCUGCUGGCAAUACUUAUUUCAAGUUACUUCAAGAUUUUUCUAAUUGCAAUGAUGGUGUGGGAAUGUCCUUCUGUGAUUUUGAUCAUUGAUUUAUUUGUAUUAUCCUCCAACACUGUGACACUCAAAGUGAUAACUCGGUCAGCUAUGAGUAAAUGUAUAGGAGCUUGCUUUAGUGCUCAUGUUGUAAAGUUUUUAGUCACACAAAGGUGCUGGACUUGGGAACUUUGAGAUCUUUUCUCACUUGUUGUUUGUUAUAGGAGAGAUCUUCUAUCAUUGUUGUGUAUGAAAUUUCUUUCUUUGAGAAAUGCGGCACUUUUGAAAAUUGUUUUAGUUAUUUCCUGCAAAGGAAGAGGCUGACAGAU